AUGGAGGACUCCUCGGAAAACAAGACACCGUCCAAUGAAAUGGACCAGAACGACCAGGACCAGGACCAGGGUAUCCCGAAGGAGCAAGCCACCCCAUCCGCCAAACACCCCCUCGAACCUGAGCCUGAGCAAGCCUCCGACGCCAACGAGAAGCCCGAAAAGAAGAAGCGCCGCAGCUGCAAGGACCCUGAGCCUGACUACUCGGUUAUGGUCCGCAACCAGGUCAUGCAGGAUAAGAAUCGCACUGGCCAAGCCUGCGAUCGUUGCCGCAUGAGAAAGCUCAAGUGUGACCGCGCCCCCACUGGCUGCACUAGCUGCUCUGCAAGCCGUCUCCCGUGUCAGGUCACUGACCGGGUGACGGCCGAGACCUUCACACGAGGCGCCGCAGGCCUUAUGCAGAAGCAGGUCGAGGAGAGCCAGAAGGUCAUGGCCGAGAAAAACAUGAUCAUCUCCCAGCUGGUCGAGGAGAAUAUGCAGCUCCACCAGCAAAACGUGCAUUUCCAGGAGCAGAACAUGCACCUCGCCCAGGAGAACAGCAUGCUGCGCGAAGAGCUCCUCCAGCAUGAGAGUUUCUUCGACCUGCCCGAUGAGAAUUACUCUGGCAUCUAG